AGCCAGGAAAUGAAACCUUAAAUGGGCGAAGGCUCAGGAAGGAGAGGAACCAGAGAACCGUGUGUGUGUUGGGUGGCGGGGAGGGCAAAAGGGGUUCUGGCACUGCCCCCCCAGUGCUCAAGUGGUCCCUUUUCCCUUCCUGGCUGGACUCCUUUUGCAGCUGCAAAGCAGGCAGGAUUUGCACAGCUGACCUCGGAUAGCGCUCAUUCCAUGGAGAAGGCCCACGGGAUAUUUGGCGACGAUUUUGGAGGCUUCAUGAGGCCGCGCAGUGAACCCCUGGGUUUCUCAGGCCGUGCUGGAGGGAUGGGGAAUAUCAAGACUUUGGGGGACACGUACCAGUUUGCAGUGGAUGUCAGUGACUUCUCCCCUGAGGACAUCAUCAUCACCACAUCGAAAAACCAGAUUGAAGUUCAUGCAGAGAAGCUGGCAGCUGACGGGACCAUCGUGAACACCUUCACCCACAAGUGCCAGCUGCCUGAGGAUGUGGACCCCACUUCUGUCGCCUCUGCUCUGGGCGGGGAUGGCUCCUUGACCAUCAAGGCGAGGAAGCACCCGGCCAAGCACCCAGAGCACGUGCAGCAGACCUUCCGGACUGAAAUCAAAAUCUGAGUGCCUGGGGAGGAGGGGAGGGCAACAGGUCUGGGGCGGAGGGGGCGGGCAAGCACUCGCUCGGGCUUACUCAUUGCUCUCUGUUGGGGCUGUUCUCCGUUGUACAUAAUAAUAGAUUGCGUUUGGUUUAUUAUAAAUUAUUGGGGGACACUUCUUGGCUGUGGCCUUUCCAUGUUCUCUUUGGCGGCGGCUGCUGCCACUGCCCCUUCCAGAUGCUAGGGUCGGAGGUCGUCAGCAGACCUGGGCCCAUGACUGCCCCUGGGAGCACCUGAGGGCAGUUCUGGUCGCCUCACCUGAAAACAGAUAUCGUAGAGCUGGGAAAGAGUCAGCAAAGGGCCAUCGAAAGGAUCAAGGGGAUGGAGCGACUCCCCUGGGAGGAACGGUUGCAGCAUACCCUUUUCACCGCCCUGGGCUCCGACUGGGAGGAAGGACGGGAUAUAAACCAAAUAAUAAACAAACAAACAAACAUUUGGGGCUUUUUAGUGUAUUCCGUAAUAGAUCAAGAUGAAAUACAAAAUGCAAAGUGGAGCCAAGCACAUUUAGACAAAAGUCUUCUCUAGUGGCCUUGUGCAAGCAUGCACCUUGUAUAUUACUUUCACGGUAAGGACUGAUGCAUUGGCAGUUCAGAGAAGCAAAAUUUUGCUUCCUCCUGUUGGCAUAUCUCAAGAAAUGGUAACAAAGGUUCACCAACAUUAUACAUCCGUCACAGGCAUAUUGCUGCAGUUCCAGUGCCUCAUCCAGGCUGUCCUAUUCGCCGUGUGCCUCUUAAAUCACAAGGCCGCUCUUGUCGAAAUGUGUGUGGCUGCACUUUGCCUUUUGUGUUCCAUCUUGUGUGGGCAGUUCAGCAGCCAAGAGGCUGCACCCCCUCCUCUUUUGGGGGGAGCUGCUUCAGCGACUCACCCCCAGGGCCCCUUGCAGGUCCAGACAGAACUUCCCAGGAUUUCUACAGGCUCUGAAUUGAAAAUCUGGAAAUGUUGCUGUUUUACGAGACAUGUCCUAAAUAAGAUAAAAUUGUUUUACAAAUUGAGGGCUGUGUCUAGAAGUAGACCCACUGAAAUCAAAAGGCCUAAGUUAGUUUUGCCUAUUAAUUUCAGUGGCUCUUACUCUGAGUAGCCCUGUUUGCAAUCUAGCCGCUUUUAGUAAGAAGAAAGUUUCAUUGGAACACAGUGAAUCUUACUUCCAAGUAAGUAUGUGCAGAAUUAAUACUGUAAAUCUUGUCUUUUGAUGGUAUGUAUUGGCUUCCUAAUCCUCCCCCCCUGCUCUUCACAACCCCCCCUCCAAUCCCAGCAACAUCCCAUAAAUGGGAAUGGGGAGGGGAAACAUACUAAGUAAAAGAAUAUAAACUUGAA